GGUUCGCAUUUUACGGACCUAAACACCGGAACAGUCAGCAGAGAGAAGUCGUAAGUUGGAUCCCAAUAACGGCAGAAAACCCGAGCGGUUACUUUGUUCAUCAGAGAUGGACCGACACCGGAAACGGCUGGAGGUGGUUUUAAAACCGAAAAAGAACCUGCGAGUUGAAGCUUUACCUUCAGAUGUCCAGAAAGUGAUUGUUGGUGAAGAACAUCAGCAGGAGUGGAGCUUUGGCUUGGACCAGGAGGACACAAAGCCCCUACACAUUAAAGAGGAACAGGAUGAACUCUGGACCAGUCAGGAUGUAGAGCAGCUUCAAGGGCUGGAGGAGGCUUAUAUCUCCAAAUUCCCACCCACUAUUGUCCCUGUGAAGAGUGAAGAUGAUGAAGAGGUACCUUGGUUCUCACAGCUUCAUCAAAGACAAACUGUAGAGCUGAAAACAGAAGCUGAUGGAGAGGACUGUGGAGGAACAGACCAAGCCAUGAAAUCUGAUCCAGAUACACAUUUACAACCAGAUACUGAUGACAAAACUGGAGACUUGUCUGAACUGGAGACUGAUGAGAGUGAUUGGAAGGAGACCAUAGAACUUAAGUCAGGAUUAAACUCUCUGAAUAAUGAUGAAGUCCCUGUCAGUGAUUCCAAAUGUAGUACUAGCGAAAAAGAGUGUGGGAAAAGGUUUGACACCAGUGGACAUCUGAAGAGACAGAGUAGAUCUCAUACAGGAGAAAAACUGUUUAGUUGCUCAGUCUGUAAGAAAGCUUUUAUAAAGAGUGGACAUUUAAAGGGACACAUGAGAAUCCACACAGGAGAGAAACCAUUUAGCUGCUCCAUCUGUAAGAAAGCAUUUACAGAGAGUGGCAGUUUAAAUAGACACAUUCGAAUCCACACAGGGGAGAAACCAUUUAGAUGCACUAUCUGCAAGAAAGCUUUCAUUGAGAGUGGACAUCUGACGAUUCACAUGAGAGUCCACACAGGAGAGAAACCAUUUAGCUGCACAGUCUGUAAGAAAACGUUCACAGUGGUCCAGAUCAGCUCUCUGUUAAAGCAUGGCCUACUGAAAGUAGCCUGACACAGAAAUUCUUCUCCAGCUGAUGACACGAGUGUCAGUGCUUAGAGUAAACCAGUUGGUAUCACGGACUUGGACAAAUUCUGCCAGCUAACCGGAAACAACUGAAGAACAAAAGAACUUGGCACCAAGUCAACUACGAGGACUGAAGCUACCGGCUUCCUCCAGCCUGCACGAUUGGAAUACAGCACAACAGAGACUGCAUAACAACUGCAGAGCAAUAGUAAUAUCAUAGCAGCAGCGGCUAAGCAAAUCUGUAAACUGUUUAACUUCUGUUAAUGUAGAUUUAUUGAUUUGAUUUAAUGCCAUCCAGACCUAUAUUGUUGUAAUGUUUGUUUAGUCAAGUUAUUGGAUAGCCACACUGCUAAGUUCAUGUUAGUUUGGGCUACACAAUGACACAUAGUCAUGCACAUCUGUUAAGGAAAAACCAUAGACUGUAUAUUAGUGGACAAAACAUCCAGUUCGGCGAAGUGCUGCAAAUGCGGA